UAUUUCCAAUGUAACAUGGUCCUUGCUUGAGAGAGAAUGAUCUAGAAGUGCCAUCGUCCUGUGGUUUUCCUCGAUAGACUCACAGCCUAUCAUUAUACAAACAGGACAUGUUUAUGUCUUGAUAUCACUUGUCAUAGACCCUCAUAAAUUACAUGGUUUGCGUUUAUUCAGCAGAUCACAUCACCUGAAGAGAUGUAAUAUUGUAGGAACAUUCAGUUACCUCAGAUUACAGUUCCUUCUUCCCACUUGAGCUUAAGAAGUACUCAUGUGCCAAAGGGAUGGAAGAAGAAAACUUACAAAUUUUAUUCUGCUCCUGGAGGCUGGAAUUUUUUCUCCAUUAAAAAAAAAAAAAAAAAGAGAGAGAGAGAGGUAAUCAUAAUCCCUUCUUUCUAAGGAAACAGACAAAAGGACAACUGGUGUAAAACUUCCCCCAAACAAUUCAAUAGGAGGAAGUGCUCGUCACUGACUUUUCCCCCCACCAUGAAGGCACGUUUCCUUCCUAGUCUUUGCUUCUCUUAUCUGGGAGAAUUUUUUUCCCCCAAGCAAAGCAUGAACAGUCGUUAAGUGGAAAAUGGAGGCUGGAUUUUACUUGGCGGUUCUUACCUGCUUCUUGGUCGGGAACUCAGAAGGCUUUCAGGUUGUCCAUGUCCAGAAACAACAGUGCCUUUUCAGAAAUAAGAGAGUGGUCGUGGGCUUGUGCAAUGGGACCAGCCUGAACCAGCAGUGGAUGUGGACUAAGAAUGGCAAGCUCCUUCACGUUAAAUCUGCGCUCUGCCUGGGCGUCUCUGAUUCCUCUGGGGGUCCUUCCCAGUCUGCCAUCUUUGCCCCCUGUUCCCAGGCACCUCGAUGGACUUGCCACGAGAAGGAAGGGUUCCUUGAGGUGGAAAAUGCCUCUCUCUUUCUCAAGAAACAAGGCUUCAAGGUAGUGGUCAAGAAGGGCAGGAAGUACCUCCAUAGCUGGAUGAAAAUAGAUGUCAACGAGGAGGGAAAACCAGUCAUUGAAAGCCUCUGCUCUGAAAAAGCUGGCCUGGGAGCCGAAGUUUCAGUAAGGAGCACUAGAGACACAACUCCUCCCCAAAUCCCCACUACUUUUAAUGCACUUCCGUAUAGCCCAGGACACCUUAUUAGGAAUACCACAGAGGCCUUCACCAGAAGUGCUACAGAAAACUACAGCCAAAACAGCAGCCAGAGGCAGCACCCCAGUCUGCAGACGGCUGGAAUUACAUCUUGGGUUCCCUGGACGACUCAGCCUUUCUCCAGCACCACUGAAGAGACUGGACUGGGGGAGCAAGUGAGAUGCAACUUCACCCUGACGGAGUCCAGGGUCUCCAACCGGUCGGUGUCUCUCCAGUGGAGAACUUUGGCAUCACCCUGUAACUUUAGCCUCACCUACAGCAGUGACACGUCGCGGGUUGCAUGGUGCCACCCCGUGCGGAUAGACAACACCACCUAUGGAUGUAACCCCAAGGAUUUACAAGCAGGAACCAUUUAUAACUUCAGGAUUGUGUCUCUGACUGGAGAAGAGAAAACUGUGGUCUUGCAAACAGAUCCUUUACCUCCUGCCAGGUUUGAAGUCAGUAAAGAGAAAACUACUUCCACCAGCUUGCAUGUUUGGUGGACUCCUUCUUCGGGCAAAGUCACCUGGUAUGAGGUGCAGCUACUGGAUGAUAACCAAAAGACACAGGGGGCCCAAAUUCAAGAAAGAACUGCACGGAAUGAAUAUACAUUUUUAAACCUCACUGCUGGUAAUAAAUACAAUAUUGCCAUCACAGCUAUUUCUGGAGAUAAACGUUCCUUUACAAUUUAUACCAAUGGAUCAACAGUGCCAUCCCCAGUGAAAGAUGUUGGUAUUUCAGCGGAAACUAAUUCCCUCCUGAUUUCCUGGUCACGUGGCCCUGGGAACCUAGAACGAUACCACCUGAUGCUAAUGGACAAAGGGAUUCUAGUUCAUAGUAAUACUGUGGACAAAUCUACUACUUCCUAUGCUUUUCAUGGACUGACACCUGGUCACCUCUAUAAUGUCACCAUUGUUACCGAGGCUGCAGGGCUGCAAAACUACAGAUGGAAACCAGCCAGGACAACCCCUAUGGAAGUCUCAAAUCUGAAGGUGACAAAUGAUGGCACUAUGACCUCUCUAAAAGCCAAGUGGCAAAGACCUUCUGGAAAUGUGGAUUUCUACAACCUUACCCUGUCUCACCAAGGGACUGUCAAAGAAUCUAGAAUAUUAGCACCCCACAUUACUGAAACUCAGUUUAAAAACUUAACCCCUGGACGACUUUAUCAAGUUACCAUCAGCUGUGUCUCUGGUGAAUUGUCUGCUCACAAGACAGCAGUGGGCAGAACAGUUCCAGAGAAAGUUGGGAACCUGGAAGCAAACAGCAAUGGUUCUAUGAGGUCCCUGGUAGUGAGCUGGUCGCCCCCUGCUGGCGACUGGGAGCAGUAUCGUAUCCUGCUCUUGAAUGAUUCUUUGGUGCUGCUGAACAUCACCGUGGGAAAGGAGGAAACACACUAUGUCAUAGAUGAAGUGGAGCUCAUACCAGGAAGACAGUAUGAGGUAGAAGUCACUGUUGAAAGUGGAAAUCUGAAGAAUUCUAAGCGUUGCCAUGGCAGGACAGUUCCCAUGGCCGUUCUUCAGCUUCGUGUCAAGCACGCCAAUGAAACCUCACUGAGCAUCAUGUGGCAGGCUCCUGCAGCAGAAUGGGAGAAAUACAUUAUCUCACUAGAUGACAGAGACCUCUUAAUCAUCCACAAGUCACUCCCCAGAGAUGCCAAAGAAUUCACUUUUACUGACCUAGUACCUGGACGAAAAUACAAAGCUGCAGUCACCAGUAUUAGUGGAGACUUAAAAAAUUCAUCUUCAACAAAAGGAAGAACAGUGCCUGCCCAAGUGACUGGCUUGCGUGUGGCCAACCAAGGGACAACUAGCAGUCUAUUUACUAAUUGGACCCAUGCACCGGGAGACAGAGAGUUCUACCAAGUCUUACUCAUCCACGAAAACGUCGUCAUCAAAAAUGAAAGUGUCUCUAGUGAGACCAGCAGAUACAGCUUCCACUCCCUCAAAUCGGGAAGCCUCUACUCUGUGGUGGUGACAACAGUCAGCGGAGGAAUCUCUUCCCGACAGGUGGUGGUGGAGGGAAGGACAGUCCCUUCCAGUGUGAGUGGAGUAACAGUGAACAAUUCCGGUCGUAAUGACUACCUGAGCAUAUCCUGGCUGCCGGCUCCUGGAGACGUGGAUAACUACGUGGUGACCCUCUCCCAUGACAGCAGGGUGGUUCAGUCCCUUGUGAUUGCCAAAUCUGUCAGCGAAUGCUCCUUCAGCUCCCUCACCCCAGGUCGCCUCUACAACGUGACCAUAACUACGAGGAGCGGCAAGUAUGAAAAUCAUUCCUUCGGCCAAGAGCGGACAGUGCCUGACAAGGUCCAGGGAGUCAGUAUCAGCAACUCGGCCAGGAGUGACUAUUUAAAGGUAUCCUGGGUACACGCCACCGGAGACUUUGAUCACUAUGAAGUCACCAUUAAAAACAAAAACAACUUCAUUCAAACGAAAACCAUCCCCAAGUCUGAAAAUGAGUGUGUAUUUGUUAAGCUAGUCCCUGGACGGUUAUACAGUGUCACUGUUAGUACAAAAAGUGGACAAUAUGAGGCCAGUGAACAAGGAAAUGGGAGAACAAUCCCAGAGGCGGUUAAGGAUCUCACCUUGAGGAACAGAAGCACUGAGGACCUUCAGGUGACAUGGACACGUGCUGACGGGGACGUCGACCAGUAUGAGAUCCAGCUGCUCUUCAAUGAUAUGAAAGUAUUUCCUUCUUUUCACCUGGUCAAUACGGCAACGGAGUAUCGAUUCACCUCCCUCACACCAGGGCGCCAGUAUAAAAUUCUUGUCUUGACCGUCAGUGGAGACGUACAGCAGUCAGCCUUCAUUGAGGGCUUCACAGUUCCUAGUGUUGUCAAAAAUAUUCGCGUUUCUCCCAAUGGGGCGACAGAUAGCCUGACCGUGAACUGGACUCCUGGUGGGGGCGAUGUUGAUUCUUACACGGUGUCCGCAUUCAGGCAGAGUCAAACGGUUGAGUCUCAAACCAUCCCCAAGCAUGUCUCUGAGCACACAUUCCACAGACUGGAGGCCGGGGAACAGUACCAGAUUUUGAUCGCCUCUGUCAGCGGGUCCCUGAAGAACCAGAUUGAGGUGUUCGGGCGGACAGUCCCGGCGUCCGUCCAGGGAAUAAUGGCAGACAAUGCAUACAGCAGUCAUUCCUUAAUAGUAAGCUGGCAAAAAGCUGUUGGCGUGGUGGAAAGAUACGAUAUCCUGCUUCUAAGUGAAAACGGAAUCCUCCUGAGUAACAUAUCAGAGGCGGCCACCACCAAGCAGCACAAAUUUGAAGACCUAAUACCAGGAAAGAAGUACAAGAUACAGAUCCUAACGGUCAGCGGAGGCCUCUUCAGCAAGGAAGCCCAAACUGAAGGCCGAACAGUCCCUGCAGCUGUCACCAAUCUGAGGAUCACAGAGAACUCCACCGGACACCUGUCCUUCAGCUGGACGCCCUCCAAGGGGGAGUUCAAAGGGUACAACAUCUUUCUGUACAACCCGGAUGGAACUCUUCAGGAGAGAGCACAAAUUGACCCCACAGUCCAAAGCUUCUCUUUCCAGAACUUGCUCCAAGGUCGAAUGUACAAAAUGGUGAUUGUAACUUGCAGCGAGGAGCUGUCUAAUGAGUCCCUCAUGUUCGGCAGAACAGUUCCAGCCUCUGUGAGCAACCUCAAAGGAUCCAAUCGAAACAUGACAGACAGUCUCUGGUUCAGCUGGAGUCCAGCCUCUGGGGAUUUUGACUUUUAUGAGCUGAUUCUCUAUAACCCCAAUGGUACAAAGAAGGAAAACUGGAAAGACAAGAACCUGACGGAGUGGCGUUUCCAUGGCCUCAUUCCCGGAAGGAAAUACACGCUGUGUGUGGUAACUCACAGUGGAGAUCUCAGCAACAAGGUCCUGGGGGAGAGCAGAACAGCCCCGAGUCCUCCCAGUCUUAUGUCAUUUGCCGAUGUUGCAAACACAUCCUUGGCCAUCACCUGGAAGGGGCCUCCAGACUGGACAGACUACGAUGACUUUGAGCUGCAGUGGUUCCCUAGAGAUGCCAUCACAGUCUUUAACCCCUACAACAACAGAAAAUCAGAAGGACGCAUCGUGUAUGGUCUUCGUCCAGGAAGAUCCUAUCAAUUCAGUGUCAAGACUGUCAGUGGUGAUUCCUGGAAAACCUACAGCAAACCAGUUUUUGGAUCUGUGAGGACAAAGCCAGACAAGAUUCAAAACCUGCAUUGCCGACCUCAGAACUCCACGGCCAUCUCCUGUUCCUGGAUUCCUCCCGAUUCUGACUUUGAUGGGUACAGCAUUGAGUGCCGGAAAAUGGACACUCAAGAAGUUGAGUUCUCCAGAAAGCUGGAGAAAGAAAAAUCUCUGCUCAACAUCAUGAUGCUAGUGCCCCAUAAGAGGUACCUGGUGUCCAUCAAGGUGCAGUCAGCUGGCAUGACCAGCGAGGUGGUUGAAGACAGCACCAUCACCAUGAUAGACCGCCCUCCUCCUCCACCUCCACAUAUUCGUGUGAAUAAAAAGGAUGUGCUGAUUAGCAAAUCUUCCAUCAACUUUACUUUCAACUGCAGCUGGUUCAGCGACACAAAUGGAGCUGUGAAAUACUUCACAGUGGUGGUGAGAGAGGCUGAUGGCAGCGAUGAGUUGAAGCCAGAACAACAGCACCCUCUGCCCUCCUACCUGGAAUACAGGCACAAUGCCUCCAUUCGCGUGUAUCAGACUGAUUAUUUUGCCAGCAAAUGUGCCGAAAGUCCUGACAGCAACUCGAAGAGUUUUAACAUUAAGCUUGGAGCAGAGAUGGAGAGCCUGGGUGGAAAAUGUGAUCCCAAUCAGCAAAAAUUCUGUGACGGACCGCUGAAGCCUCGCACGGCCUACAGAAUCAGCAUCCGGGCUUUUACCCAGCUGUUUGAUGAGAACCUGAAGGAAUUCACAAAGCCACUCUAUUCAGACACAUUUUUCUCUUUGCCCAUCACCACUGAGUCAGAGCCUUUGUUUGGAGUUAUUGAAGGUGUGAGUGCUGGUCUCUUCUUGAUUGGCAUGCUGGUGGCUGUGGUUGCCUUAUUCAUCUGCAGACAGAAAGUCAACCAUGGUCGAGAAAGGCCCUCUGCCCGCCUGAGCAUUCGCCGAGAUCGACCACUGUCUGUCCACUUGAACCUGGGCCAAAAAGGUAACCGGAAAACUUCUUGCCCAAUAAAAGUAAAUCAGUUUGAAGGGCACUUCAUGAAGCUGCAGGCCGACUCCAACUACCUUCUAUCCAAGGAAUACGAGGACUUAAAAGAUGUGGGUCGAAACCAACCAUGUGACAUCGCACUCUUGCCAGAGAAUAGAGGGAAAAAUCGAUACAACAAUAUAUUGCCCUAUGAUGCUUCUCGAGUGAAGCUGUCCAAUGUGGAUGACGACCCGUGCUCUGACUACAUCAAUGCCAGCUACAUCCCUGGCAACAACUUCAGGAGAGAAUACAUUGCUACUCAGGGACCUCUUCCCGGCACCAAGGAUGACUUCUGGAAAAUGGCGUGGGAACAGAAUGUCCACAACAUUGUCAUGGUGACCCAGUGCGUGGAGAAGGGCCGAGUAAAGUGUGACCAUUACUGGCCGGCGGACCAGGAUUCCCUUUACUACGGGGACCUCAUCCUGCAGAUGCUCUCGGAGUCUGUGCUGCCAGAGUGGACCAUCCGGGAAUUUAGGAUAUGCAGCGAGGAGCAGCUGGAUGCGCACAGACUCAUCCGCCACUUUCACUACACGGUGUGGCCAGACCACGGCGUCCCGGAGACCACCCAGUCCCUGAUCCAGUUUGUGCGCACCGUCAGGGACUACAUCAACAGGACCCCGGGGGCUGGGCCCACCGUGGUGCACUGCAGUGCUGGUGUGGGCAGGACUGGAACCUUUAUUGCAUUGGACCGAAUCCUCCAGCAAUUAGACUCCAAAGAUUCUGUGGACAUUUAUGGAGCAGUGCAUGACCUAAGACUCCACCGGGUUCACAUGGUCCAGACCGAGUGUCAGUAUGUGUACCUCCAUCAGUGUGUAAGAGAUGUUCUCAGAGCAAGGAAGCUACGGAGUGAACAGGAAAACCCUUUGUUUCCAAUCUACGAAAAUGUGAAUCCAGAGUAUCACAGAGAUGCGGGCUAUUCAAGGCAUUGAGAAUGCACCGGAAGAUCUCCUGGAUAAAAACUAUUCACUUUGUAAUUUAAAAACAAAAACAAAAACAAAAACUUGCUUCACGCCCUAUAGAGGUGCCAGCUAUUUCUGUUGAUACUAUGUAUAAUUUAUUAAUCUGGAGAAUUUUUAAGAAUUUAUGUAAUUUAAAGGUAACAGAUAUUAUUGUACAUAGUUGUAUUUUGUAGUUUCUUUUGUAAAUAUGUAUUUUUUCACAGUGUUUAAUAUUAUAAGCUUUAUAUAAUACUAUUUUUUCCACACUAACGUGUUCAUGGCUUGUUCUACAUAAACUAAUUCAACCUGUGUGACAGGACAACUGAUAAAAUGUACAUGGAGGUGGAUGCAGAGGUGGUCCCCUGAGCCAUGGUUUUUACCAUGUUAUUACGUUUUGAUACCUCCUGCACAGGAUAAAGGGCAGGGAGUACAGCUGGCUUGGCUGCAUCACCAUCCUACAAAUCUUAGGGUCCAAAGAGGACCCAGAUGCAAGUUGGACAAAUGUAACAGUCAAAAGAAAGGAUGGGGGAGAUGGGCUUAAGUGGCCCCCAAGCUUGCAGAGGUGGUUGUGCCACUACUGCUUAGUCUCUCCCCCUUUCUCCUGCCAGAGGUUCAAGUCAACAUGGUCAGCUUAGGAGUGCAGAGCAAGUCCAGGUGGCAGGGCUGAGGGUUCAGAGAGAGAAUGACCCAGGCAGAAUGCUGAAUUCCUCACAUCCACCUGCAUUCCUGACUGGACACCGAGUCCACAUGCCAAUUGCCAACCACAGCCUGUUUUACUCCCUCCACACUGUGCUGUGCAAACAUGCAUCCCACACUGUUGGCUGAUGGACACACGCUCGUCUUUGUCCCAUUUCUAGUGGGCUGCAUCCCUGGAAAAGUCAAGCUUGCACCAGUCGUACUUGGUUUUCCCAUCAGAAGAUUGUGGGGUCAGAUCACACUCCAGAUCAAAGGUCCUACUCUCAUUAUCGCUAUAGAAAUAUCGACAAACAUCAUAGAUCGUUAAUUUUUAAAAACACAGAAACAAAAAUUCAGUGGUACUUAGUAUAAAAUUUUUCAAAAGCACUUUUUAGUCAGUCAUUGAGGUCAAACUAUCAAGUAGUCAUCUUAAGCUGCACUUAAUAUAAAAGGCACUACAUACUCUAUCUACCAAGUUGAUCUUCAGUGAGUGUGCCUGGUUUGAUUAGGACAAAUUUCAUUGAGUCAGAAAUUGGGUACUGCCCUCCCCGAGGUCCAGUUCCGAGGGUCUUCCUGGGGAAAAUCUGAAAGAUACCUGUCUAGUCUCCUCAUGGUUCCCUAAGAGAUGAGUCAGAGAUGCUGGCCUUUUUCUCACUACAGACUUCUCUGUCAUAAACUUAAGAAUUAGAAAUCAUGGCUGUUGAUCUCACAGACUCAUCUGCAGCAUAAGUACAUUUCUUUGCAUAGUAUAUAUUUUUGCUACAUAACACAAAGUCCUAUAAGUAAUAUAACAGCUAUAAUAGGCAUAGUAAUGGAAAAUCAUUAAAUAUAUCUAAAAUAGAGAUUUAUAGUUAAGUAAAACUCCACUCAAACUGCAGAAAUUUCGAGGGCUAUUUGAAAAUUAUGGAAACAGGAAAAAAACUUUAUAAGAAUGAACAUCAAGAAGAUUCCAAGUUUUCACAGUAUCAUUGUACCCCAUGCCCUUGUGAAGUGACCAUGUUAGGGUCUGGUCCUGUUUCAUGAAAGUAGGAGGAUCUUUUCGAAAUGAAAAGGAACAACAUCCAUUUAAGUGUGGCAGAGGUACCACCAGGGAGAAAAUAAAGGUUGGAGAUUUAUGAGAUGUGGUGUCUAUGAAGAAUAACUUUCCCUGCAUUAAAAAGAAAACACAAGAAGUUCCCAUUGUGGCUCAGUGAUAAAAAACAAAAACAAAAACAAAAACAAAAAAAAAACCCUAGUAUCCAUGAAGAUGUGGGUUCAAUCCCUGGCCUCACUCAGUGGGUUAAGGAUUUGGCGUUGCCAUGAGCUGUGGUGUACAUUGGCAGCUGCAGCUCCAACUGAACCCCUAGCCUGGGAAUUUCCAUAUACCAUGGGUGCAGCCCUAAAAAAAAAAAAGAAAGAAAAGAAAAAAGAGAGGGGAAAAAAAUUUCAGUUAACGUUGCUAGGCACAAAGCACACCCAUACAUGGAAAGAAAUUCAUUUUUGCCUUUUCAUUCAUUCAGAAAAAUUUUAGUCAGUGCCUGCAACUUGCUAAGCACUGUCCUAGAGGCAACAUAUUUGUACUCAAUAAAGAGAAUGCAUCACAGUCAUAGAGGUGGGGUUAUUGUUACUAUUUUCAGUGAAGCUUGAGAGGGGGGCUCUGCGAGGCAGGGACGUUGCCCAGCACCAGGGCAGCUGCGGCCUUCCAGGCCACACAACUGGCAAGCACUGGUGCUGCUUCUCUAGCAAAUCACUGGUCCAAAAAGAGCGCAAUUAACUGCACAAACCAAGAAUUGAAACCGUAAAAAACCUCCACAUCUGUCAUAGUCAAUAUCCUGGCAUAUCUGGAGUGGAAUCAGAGUUAUGAAAAUGGACAUGACAAGGGAAAAACUGUAUGUUCUUUUGGUCUAACGCAGGACCUAUUUAUUCCUACCCUCCACCUGUCUAAAUUUAAAUCUCCUUAGCAACAAAUAUUUCACUAUCUUCCCUCCCACCACCUCCAAAGACUAAAUACAUAAUCUAGUUGAUCUAUUUAUUAAAUUUAGGAGGAGAAAAAAAAAAAGGUUUCCUUGACAUUCAGCUCAAUUGGAUGUGUUUUAAUUUAAUCCCAUCAUGUGUUAUGUCUUGGUAAACACUCCGUUUCCUGUCACAGUGGGCAUCUCGGCUGAGCACCUGUGCAGUACACUUUAAUCAUCGAGCUUUCAAAGUGCUCUGGAGCUAUCAAAUCUUGGAAGGGUCCUGUCUUGCAUCUUAAUAAUUAUUUAUCCAAGUUCUUUAUAAUUAACUCCUUUAAUCUCUACUCAUUAAAUCAAUUUCAUAUUAUUCUGUUGUUCUCUGGAUGGCAGCCAAUUUUUGAGCUCUUGAAUCUGAUUUUUCCAAGGCUCAUCUUUCCAUCUAGCUCUGCACAUAUUUGUCCUAAGUAAAUCACCAGCCCUUAAACACUUCUGAGUCCCUCUUUUUCACUGCUUGUCUCCUUCUCUCUUUAGAAUGUUUGCUUUCCUGGUAGAAUGUGACUUUAUUUCCUUUUCAUCUUAUCUCCUCAUGCCCAUUGGUAUUUCAUAGUCUUUUCAGGCUUCAAAUUAUAGAAGAGGUGGCAAUGAUUUCACUUUUAAACAUUAAAAUGGCCAUAGCCGCAGCAUAUUGGGGAUAGCUUUAUUUGGGGGGGUCUUUAAUUUUAUUGGAAGAAAGCCCAAAAUGACAUAUGAAAAUAAUAUGAAACCACUAAGCAGAUGUCCAGCAAUACAGAAAUAGACUUCGCAUGUUAUAUUUCACACUCCGACUCUCUUGUCUUAGUGUCUCAGGAUCCAAUUUCUUAUAUUUAAACCAGUCUCCUUACCUCUUGCAAGGAAAUUAUCAGCCAUAUACUGAAUUCUCACUCACUUAACUUUCUGGGUGUCUGAGGUUGGAAUCCUGAAGUCAUGCACCUUUCAGAUCCAGAUGAGAGCAAGUGGUAAAACCUGAGCCCCAACUCUGGGGUGCUCUAGGGUUUUAGUUCACACACAUGAGCCAGACUAAACAUGACCUGGUGGGGAAAAAAAUAGGUAAUAAGCUGCUUGUUUGAGGUAGCAGUUCAAGGACUUUCCAGGUUCCAUUUCAUCGAGGAAAUGAAAGUAAUUGAUCAGCCGAAACAGAGCAGCAAGAAGUAAUGGCUGAUCCUCCCCGAAGUGGCUGGGAGCAAGCCUUCAAUGGUACCUCAUUCUUGAAAAACGUUAUCAACCAAAUACUCUGUUAAGUUCCUGAGUAUUUUUUAACUGAGAUUUCAAACCACAUCAAGUAUUCAAAGAUUGCUUCACAUCAAGGGAAAAUAUAUAAACCAUGACUGCAGAAGGCAAGCGAAAUAAUGCAAAGAAGAAAAAUCAUUGAACAAGGGCAUCUAAAAGGUCAUCAUUCUCACAGAAAGAGGACAUGGUAUCCCUGCUGUGUGUCCAGACUGUCCUUCAGGAACCUCAUAGGCCUAUUAUCCUUAUGAACCCUUAUGGGGGUUCAUUUUGACUAUGUUGGCCAGAUGAUUCAGCUGAUUAAGCAAUUGAAUUGACUCAUACAGUUUUGUGAAUUGACCAGGUGUUUGAUGAAAUUGAGUUUGGAAUUCUGAACACACUCCCUUGGAGUCUUGCAGUGGAUGGUGCCUUUGAAAAUAUUUGGCCGUUUUACUUAAAACGCAUGGUAACAUUUAAUGCAGCCAUGAUAAUAGCAAAAAUCUGUUCUGUUCUAAAAAUGUUUCUAGCAAUGGAAAUAUUUCUGACUAAAAGAAUACUCUUGUCUGGUAGGGAGGCUCCCUAGGAAUAAAUGUAUGCAACAAAAAUAAGUCACUUUAUUUUUUUUUUAAGGUUGUCUAUAUAGAUACAUUCAUGAAAUAAGAAAAUUGUUGGUGAACACUCCUAAAAUAGGGGUUUAUGUAAUGGAAAUAAAAGGCUUUAUUAACAGAUUUACCAAAGAUUAUUUUUAUAAUCUAUAUGCCAAUGUACAUGAUCUUAUAUAAAAUACCAAAUACAUUGUUGAAAAUGGUGAAUAAUGUCAGACAAGUGUAAAACUGUGUUCCUUCUAGAAUAUUCACAAGAAAGGUUAGUUAUGGCUGUUUCCUCCUGACUUAAGUAACAUCUAUUAAGAAAAACUAUCUUCAUUCUAAGAGCAAGCUUUCUGUUACAUUUGAGAGUUUGUGUUUUCAUAGCUGAGUGAGCAGAUAGGCACCCCACCAAGAAAAAAGCAGAUGCAGUUGUGGCUUGAGGAGUGGGAGCUGGAUGGUGUUCCACCUGCGAGCUAGUGGGAGAGUCGACAGUGGCCUUUGUGAAAUCUCAUCUCAGCCACACUAACAACCGAGUACCCAUGUUCUCAGCUGAAGAGUCCUAAAUCUUCCAGGUGGGACCAGCUUAUAAAUCCUGCAAGGACAAGGACCAAGUCUUUAAGCUCUUCUCUACUCCAACCUUACAGAGAUGCGUACACAGCUCGCAGCCAUUCAAUAUGUCAUUUUUGGGUGGAAAUUGUUCCUGGUCCAAUACUUUGGGUGUUAGGUAGUCAGUGUCUAAUAAUACUGUUGUCCAUGAAGGUUUAUAUGACUAUUUCUUGUUUUGUGUGAUGCUUAAAUAAAAAAUGUAAAUAAAUCUAGCCACUGAACUUAUUAUGUUCUAUAAUAGAGCUCUUUGAAGUGUGUAAUAUCAUGUAUUCUUUCUUUGUAAAUCUGGUUAUUUAAAAUGGCAGUAGAUGAUUCUCUUUCUUUCUCACUAUAGCACCUCCUUACAAUAUUGUGUUUCUAACCAACCCCAAAUGAAGAGAGAACUUCUUUAGUCUUCUAUUUAAAUUACGUAUGUGCUUAAUAUAUUUUCACAUUUGCAACCAUGGUCAAAAAAAUCUGUAUAGUGUCUUACACACCUUCUCCCUAGUACAGGAAUAAAACUGCUGUUGAAGGAAA